UUAGUGGCGUGAAUCCUUGCUAUACUAUGCCUUAGUUUCGAUAGUCAGUUCGCCGUUUUCUUCAAUAUAUGAAAGAGCGUCAAGAGCUGCAAGCUGCACUGAAAAGCGAGAGGAUUGUCCACUCAGAUAUACAGUGCUUGCCGGGUAUGAUUAGAAGCUUGCUGGUACAUGCCGCAUAAUCGAUUGAAUCUGGGUGUCGGUAAACUCUCUUACCGUUCACUUAAUUUAUUGUGCCAUGAAGCCUGCACCAUGUCCCGCUAACAUAAAUUGCCCAUCAUAACGAUAAAGUCGUGCUGAUUGUUGGCCGAGUCACAAGCCCCAGGCGAAACCUGCUCUGUGUAGUUACUCCCGUGAAUAAUAACGGACCGACUCCCGUCAAUAACUGCUAGAAUAUCCAGCACAUUCUUAACUUUCCAAGAAACAAACUUUUUGGAAUUUGAACCAGAUAGACCCCCAAGAGUGGAAGGUAAAAUUGCGAUACCACCCACACGAAACCUGACGAGACUACGACGAGUAUUCUUCCGGCAGUCGGCAAAUUGAUGCGGUAAUUAGAUCGGCUUCACGACAAUAAACAAUGUCAUUGAAGCUUCCCUAUCCAAACGUUUAUAAAUUUCUCAAUAAUUUUUCUGCCCCUGACCAAGGGUCUCCAGAACAAACAUCGAGAAGUCAAGGACUCAGAAAAAGUGGUCCGAGAUCAAAGACGGGCUGUUCAACAUGCAAGUAAGUCGCGUUAGAGUUGUGGAUCCACACCAUUAGGAUUUCUCCACCAGGAAAUCUUUUACGGACAAUCAUCAGACCCGUAACUGACUAAUACAAUAAAGACAGCGACGUGUUAAAUGCGACGAAACCAAACCACAAUGUAUCAGGUGUCAAAACCUCGGUCGGGCAUGUGGUGGAUACGCCCCGGAGCACGCUGAAGAUGUCUCCAAACAGAAUGCAAAUGCUCUAGUACCUAUCCAUCCACGACCGAUAUCUGUGAUGACAUUGGCUCCUUCAGUCGCUAUACUUGGUGACCAAGCCGAACGUCGAUAUUUCCAAAGGUUUUGUGAUAAAACGGCUGCCGAGAUUUGCGGUUCAUUCGAUCCUACCUUCUGGACAGAAAAGGUUCCUCAAUUGUGUCAACAAGAUGCGCCUAUCAGAUAUGCGACUAUUGCAUUGGGUGCUCUAGCAAAAUCCUUGGAGAUCACAUCUUCUCCGACUCGACUAUCACUUUCGGGAUUUCCCCAAAUCGAUCAUCAUCAUUUAGAUGAACACCAUCGUUUCGCUUUGAGGGAGUACAGCAGAGCCAUUGCUUCGUUGAGGAUAAUACUUUCGGACGGCAGAAGACAUUUGAGAACAUCCCUUACAGCAUGCGUACUGUUUAUGACAUUUGAAUCCCUUCAGGGAAGUUACGAAGGUGCUUUGACUCAUCUCAGAGGGGGUUCUCGACUGUUGGCUGAUUGGAGAAUCGCUCGAAGAGGAGGAAGCUCUCGAUUGUCGCAUGAUUCAUUGUCGGAAAUCCAAGAUAGUUUAGUCGAUGACUUGGGGCGGCUAUUUGCUCGUCUUGAUGUUCAAGGUCUUUUUGUUCCACCGCCAUAUCCCGUCCCAAACCUUCUUCAAGAUGAUAUGGAGAUUCCAGAUGAGUUUGAAAGUGUCCAAGAAGCUCGAGAAGUUUGGGAUUUCCUGAUGGCUGCUAUUGGUCAAUUCUAUCGAAAAUCUGUCAUGAAGUCGCAAACUGAACCAGAAGAAUUAUCGACUCCAUAUUGGAACAGGCUUCAUACUCACUACACCACACAACUACUUCGAUGGCGAAAAGCCUUUCAAUCCGUCCAUGUUGUAGAGGCACACACUGGAAGUAUUUCUGCUGAUGCAACCCAUAUGUUAAGCAUCUACUACAACAUCGCCACAAUACUUGUUGCAUCGAGUGUUCCACAUACGGAGAUGUUAUAUGACGCAUAUAACCAUCUAUUUGCGGAGAUUAUAUGUAAGGCUCAGAUCUUACUCUCCAGUUCGGAUGAUGCAAGUAAUACAUCUCGUUUUACUCUAGAUAUGGGAACAAUCCUUCCGCUCGUGAUCACUGCAGUAAAAUGUCGUGAUCGACGAAUCCGACGUCAGGCCAUAGCACUCCUUUGGUCUAAAGCGAGACGAGAAGGACUCUGCUUUGACACGAUUAGCGUAGCAAGGAUCUGCGCGUGGCUUUCGAGUAUAGAGGGAGAAGGUAUUCAGGAAGAUGAUCAACCAAUCCCAGAAUCAUCCAGAUGGGUAAUUUCUUACCUACAUUUGAAUUCCGAAGAAAGAUGGUUGGCGGUGCAAUUGACGUCGAAACAUGGGGAGGAUGGAAAUCCACGGUACAGAGAAACAACAUUUUCUUGGUAAGUGAUGGUCAGAUCUCAAGAGUUAAUUUUCAUGGCAUAGCGAGGACCUCAGAAUGAUUUUGGCAAUGGCGUAGGGAAAGGCUACGGGGACACAGAAGUUAUGGAUGUUGCUAGACAUCCUUUGAACACGGUGGGAAGUGCCAGCCUUCGCUUGAUGAAUCAUGGCAUAUGGGAACAAAAUAAAGGCGCCUCGUCCGACAACAUUCCGUCAAACAGACUCCGCAGGGAGAAAAAGGAGUGAGUGAUUUCGGAUCUCUUUUUGGAGUAAUGAUAUCUAACACAAGCUAUGGAAUCGGAAAUCAGUAUGGUGCUAUGGAGUUUAUGUCUGUUUUAUCAUUGGGGAGGAGAGGGCAAAUACUCGAAUUUGCCUGUGUAUACUAUCAUGUAGUCUUAUUUCCAGCAAUAUCAUUCAUUUCAAAGGUCAAGAAAAGCUGAUUGUUGUUCUUGGCAAAUUUCCUAAAGAUUUUUUGAAGAUAUCUUCUGAGAAUUGUGCAUGGGAAAUUCGAAAAAUGGCAUAUUUCGAAGCAGAUACAUCCCG